UCAUCGCGUUAAGUACCUACUAUCGUUCACUGGUGGUCAGGUUACUAACUAAGAUAUCUGUGGUUAAGCGAAUAAUGCAUUUGAGAGCUUCUAUGCAAUUCUGUAUUCUUUGAUAUGGUCUAAUAUAUAUAGGAGUUAGUAAAAUAGAGUUCUGCUAUUACCUACAUUGCAAGUAGUAAUGCGAACAUGGUUAGACAUUUUAAAUAGUUACUUUUAAUUAUUAAUUAAAUUUGGUUAAGAGUUACAAGAGAUGUUAACUUAUAAUAAAUAAUUAAAGUUACGAAUGAUUCAAGUAGUGAUAUCUGUUUUAUGCAAGUUAAGUCAUCCUAUUGAUUUUUUUGUACGGUUUCAGAUAAGUUGCUCUUUAAAACUAUCAUACUAUGUGAAUAUAUUUCAUUCCAUUUAAAUAUAUCUAUAACAAUAAUAACAGAGUUUAUAUAUCAUAAUUAUGGUUUAUAAAAAUAUUGAAUAAUUGUUUAAAAUCUUAUUACAUAUAUUAGAUUGAAUUUGAAUAUGAGAUGAUUCUAUGGCUAUAAAAAAUGAUGGAAGUAUACCCUACAUUACCAAAAUUUAAGGUGCAAGAAUGUCAGGAUGAAGAUGAUUUAACUGAUAUUGAUGAUGAAGUGUUUAUUAGAGAUGGAAAAAAUGGAGGAUUAAAAUUAGAUGAGGAUGGUUUAGUUAAAAGACCACUUAUGGCACCACGUAAAAAAUAUCGAAAAUUUUAUAAAGUUGGGGUCAAUAGAUUUCCUUAUUAUAAAACGCUAUUUAUACCCAUUUGUUAUGGUUUGAUAGCAUUGGUAAUUCUAUUAGGUUUAAUUCUCCUUUGUAUAUACACUGCUAAUAUAUUUCCAUUGUCAUUUGCUAUGCUUAAAAAAUGGAUAUCACAUGAAUUAAAGCCUUCAAUAAGCAAAGUGCAUGUAAUUCCAUGCACAUCAUUGUCAUCAAAGAUUAUAUGGUCAAGACGAUUAUCAAAAUUUUCUUCAGUAGUUCCUUUGAAAAGUUUCGAUGUUAAUAAAGAUGGAAUCGAAGACAUUAUUGUUGGAUUUAAUACAGGUGUAAAUGAAGAAAGUACUGUGAAAUGUGAUAAUUUUGUUGAAAAUUCGCUACCUUGCUUGGGUCAAUUAUUAGCAUUGGAUGGAAAAACAGGAGACACACUUUGGAUUUAUUGGCCUAUUUAUGGAAUUUCUUCAAUUGAUUGUGAAUUAGAUAUUACAAAUGAUAAAAUUAAUGAUUGCAUUGCUUCAGUAGAAGGUGGAGUUCUUUAUGCAAUUAAUGGAAAAACAGGAAUUCAGAUAUGGAUAAUAUCAGAUAAUAAAUUAUCUGACGAAGAUUCAACAAUUUUUCGUAUAUUUGAUGCCAAAUUUAUAUCUGAUACCGAUAGAGAUGGUAUUGGUGAUGUUAUUGUAACAGGCUACACUGUUCAAUCUGAUUUAUCACGUAGAAGUAAAAUUCUUAUUGUAUCAGGAAAGAAAGGAAAGAUACUAUAUACAAUUGAUUCACCAAAAGUCGAAUUAUUUUCAUUACCACAGAUAAUUAUAUAUCCAGAUGGUGAAAAUAUAUUUGUUUUAACAGCAAAUAAUCAAAUGCAAUCUGGUACUUUGUAUAUAGCAUCUAGUACUAAUUUCAUGCACGGUAACUUGAAACUAAAGGAGUUGCAUCAUAGUACUGGAAAAGCAGCAUUGUUACCUCUUGUUUUGGUAGACAUAACGUUGGAUGGAAUUGCAGACAUCGUUGCACCUAUGUUUGACUCUACUAUAAUAGCUUAUGAUGGAUUAACAUUUAAUCCAAUAUGGAAUUACACUGUUCCUAAUUCUGAAAUAUUAAAUAGUCCGAUACCUGGUUAUUAUAAUGAUGAUAACAUUCCAGAUUUUAUGAUAAAACAUACAAUUGAAAAUGAAGGAUUUCCAAAAUAUUAUUAUACAGUUUCUAUGAUCAUUGAUGGACAUAAUGGACAACCUUUGUUAGAGAAACCAAUGGAAGAUAUUUUAAAUAAAAAAGUAUCAGGUUUAUCGGUUACUGUUGAUGGUUUUGGCAAUGAUUGGUUUUUACAUUGGUUUGGUAAUUGCUUACACGACGACAAUUUUAAAGGAUCAUACCAAUUUUCUUCAAAAAAUGACAUUGAUUUAUGUAAAAUGAAAUUGAAUAAUUCAACGACUACUAAACUAUUAGCAUUGAGUCAACUUGUUGAACCACCUGGAAUAACUUUAUAUUCAGAAGAAUAUGAUUCAAAUAAUUCAAUUGAUAUAGAAAAAGAAAUAGAUAAAUAUUUAGAAUCAUAUCGUUAUGAAGAUACAAUAGACAUUGAUAGUGGAAAAAUGUAUAAAGAUUACGAUAAAGGAGAAAUAUUUAAACAUAACAGAGAUGAGGAUAUGCUUGAAGAAUCAGGUAAUUAUAAUCAAAAGUCACCACCUGAAAUGACAUAUGAAAAUCAUGAAUCCAACUUUGAAGGAGAUAACAGAUUUGAUAAUAAUUUUCAAUUGAGUAACAUGGAAAAUAUAGAUACUGAUAAUACUUUAUAUCGUAAAAAUAAAAAUUUAGAAAAUAUCAAAGAAUAUGAUGAAGGUGAUGAACCAAAUAAUGAUUAUUUGCCAAUAGGUGACUUAAGAGAGCAACGUAGACAAGUAAAUAAUAAUAAUAAUAAUGAUAAAACAAAUAAAGAUUACGUUACGUCAAAAGUUAGAAAUAAAAGGAUAAAAAGAUCAAAUAAUAUAUUAAAUAAAUCAAUAAUAAAUUAUAGUAAACAAAGAGAACAAUCAAGUGGAAUAUUAUUAUUACCUUCUUUUAUAAAUUCUAAGGAAGGAAAUUCUGUAGAUUUGAUUUUUACAACUUCUGCAUCACCAUUAUUAGAAACAUCUAUUACAUUGUCGCAAGAAGAUUUAAAGUGUAUAUAUAAAAAUAAAAUAUCAGCGAAGAAUAAUAAUAUGCAUUACAAAAAAAAUGCAGAUAUUAUUAAAGAAUGUUUAAAUGAACGUGACGACAAUUAUAAUUUAUUUGAAAAAUUAAUGAAACAAGAUAAUAUUAUUAUUGCUCUUGGACAAAUGACAGUAUAUAGAAUGAAAUUAGAAUGUGUUUGUCCUGAAGAUAUGUUACCUAAUCAAGUAUGCAAAAGCAUUGCAUCGAAACAAAGUUGGUCAGAAUAUUUGGGAUUAUAUGGUAGUGGAUAUUUUAAACCGUUAUAUAAAAAUACUUAAAUUUUA